GGCAGUUCUCUGCAGGGAGGAGAUCUCUGAGGAAGGUUCAGCCUGCUUCAGAGAGUGGAAAACUGCAGGAGAAUUCCUAAUUGGAUGCAGCAGGGAGGAAGAAAAGAAAGCCCUUGACAGGUUGAGGGUUUUUUUUUCCUGUAGUGGCAGCAUUUUAGAGACACUUGUUAAUGAGGAUGACUGAUUGGAAAAUGAGUCAAAGCUUUUAAAUCUUUAAAAAUGAUUUUUUUUUUUCUUCCUUGUUCUUGAAAGUGGAUUCCUCGUGUGAUCACUAAGACAGCAGAAUUUUCCUUUCCACCUCCAAAACAUUGAAAGUUCCUUCAGGCUCAGUCUGAGACGCAGUGUGCAAUUACUCACAGGACACCUGGUGCUGGCUGUGACAAGCAGGGGAACAGCUGUGGGCAAGCGUGGACUGGGCUAAAGCAGAAAGGAAGUGAGAAAGAAGAUUCCCUCUGCAACCUCACGUCUCAUCUUAGCAUAAUACCUGAACCUUCUGGGAAGAACAGUAGACUUUGGGACCAGGACACAACUUUUCCAUCAGCAGCAUUUUGGCUACUUACCAACUGAAAUGGUAUGUCUGUGUCUGGAUGAGAUGGAGAGCAAUUUACAAAUGUCAUCCACACGAUGGAGGUGGAGAAGAAGCCAUAGAAGAUGACACCCAACCAGAAACAUGCUGCAGUUUUGUCGUGAAUAUCCAGGAAGUCUCUGUGGUGCAGAUGUGACAGCAACAGCAGAACUUAUUUCAAGGUCCCAUCCCAUGAAGAAGCUGGUCCUAAUUAACCACUGGGCUACCUGCUGGCCUAUGCAGCACUGCCUCAUUGCUCUGGGGUGACAGCGCAGCACUGCUCCUCUCUGCUGACAGCUUGAGCUCUGUACAAAAUAACUCCUUGCUGAAAUGCAACUAUCUCUGGGGUGGAGCGCUACUCCUCGACUCCUCCAUAGAAGCAAAACAGAUCUGGGACACAGAAAAAAAAUGCAAAAUGAGGAUUGGAUGGAGAGUGAACUUGGGAGUGAACUUUCCGGAAAGUACAUGAGAGGGAUCAGAGCUCAUUGCACGUGAACUGAGCAGCAGUGAAUAAAACAACUUACAAGCUACGUCAGUUCUGAAAAACAAAAGCGUUUUACAGAAGAUUUCCUCUUGUUUGAGUUGUGAUAUCCAACCGUGAUGGAUAAUCACUUCUUAUCCUGGUUGUUUUGUUGCUUCUGAGACAUGGAGUUUUUACUUCAAGCUUGGUUAAAGACUAAAAAGAGGGGACGCAGCUGUGUCUCAAUUAACCCUUAGCUCAGCAGUAGGGUUUUCUCAGGCUGCUUUGAGAAGAAAAACAUAGUUAAAACAACAGAAAGUUUUAACUUUUGCCUCGAGGGCUGGAAACCUAUUUUUCAGGCAGCUUAACUUCUGUCAUUCUCAGUGUGUCUCUUCAAAUUAGCAUCAGACAGUGAAAUAAAUAGGAAAUACUGCCCAAGAGUCCUUGGUUUUGUCAGAAAGGACUUUGAAAAAAGUAGAGGGGAAGAAAAAGAAAGCCUGAAUCAUGAAGGUCUGCCAUAUCUUUUUGAUGCUGUGAAAUCAAAACUGACUGAGUUUAUGGUCAUUCAAUUAUUACAAACCAGUGUAUGAGAAAACCAAUAGUUUGGUGAUGCCAGGUUAAAUGUUCUAGACAAGACAUGGUGUGAACUUCCUCAUGUUUGAAUUCUAAAUUUCAGCAAAGGGUCCCUUGCAUGCGCGCACUUUGUUUUCUCAACAGAAAGUAAAAGAGAAAACAAAAGCUGAGGAGGCAUUCAAGUACUGUGGAGAUGUGGCACCGAGGGACAUGAGCGCUCACUGCUUUAUGCCACUUCUCUGACAGAAGAGGAACUGCAGCAAAGGAGAGAAAUUUCUUCCAUCUGCGGCCAAGGUUAAGGCAACCUGUAGGAAAGAAUGAAAACGACGCAGAGAAAUGAGCACCUCAUUUCAGCAAGGGCCAAACUGCUGUCUGCAACAUUUUGGAUGACUCAGCGUGUUUCCUGGUUUUAUUUAUUUCUGUUUUUCAUUGCAAGAGGUGUUUCUGUCAAAACUAAAGCUUGAGGAGCUGAGCCUAUUAGUACAUGACAUGUCUUUCUCUGUCAUGCCCAAAGCCACAGCCAUGAUUUCCCUCUCACUGGCUCUGGGAUGAAGCAGGUAUAGGGGUGUUGAGGUGGUCUGGCACUGGAAAUGCUGGCGGGAAGCUGGGCUGAGAGGAAACCCAUUCCUUAUGGGGUGUUACACAAACUGGGAGCUCUACAGAAACCCACCAGAGAGACUGAGGGUUGGGAAUAAUUAGCACACAUCAAAAAAUCCAUAAGAAGCACAGCUACUUUUUGACAGAAGGGCUGAAUUUUGCAGCUAUUGGUAAGUGCAGUGAAUGGAAGGGAAACGAAUAUCGGUGCAAACGUUGACUCAAUCCAGAGAGCUGCUCUUCUUUCUCCAGCAGGCGUGUGGAAAUCUAUUGCUCCUCACUGAAAAAUAAAGCUGGGGAUGCAUUAUUAAAAAGCAGGACAAGCAAUGUCUUAACCCCUUCAUUUCAGAGCAGAACUUUUAGGAUGAAGCAUACUAAUUGUUACACUGAUAUGUGAUAUUAGCUAUCAGGGUCAAGUGUUUGAAAGAGGUCUCACAAUCUACUACAGAGGCAAUUUGUUAUAAGCAAGAAAUGGAGGCAAGAGGGAAGAGAGAAAUGGAGCAGCUGGAAUAGGUGGCAGAAAGAGAGAUGGAGGAGGAAAUGAAAUGUAAAAACACAAAAAACAUGUUGGCUAGAGAAAAUAAGUAGAGAAGUGUGAACAUGGGUUCUUUGGAACUGUUCUUGCUGACAAGAACCUGGAAUUUUUAUUUACCAUCACUUCUUUCUUCUAAAGUAUCUGCUAUUUACAGUAUAUUGCAUUCUCAAUAUUUCCUACAAUUUUCCUCCUGAGGAGGCUCCAUUCCCUGCCCUUCCCCCAGCUGUGUGGGACAAGAGCCACAGCAUCUAGAGUUUUAAAAAAAGGGAAUGAUAAUUCCAGAUCCAUCACAGAUCUCACCAAUGAUGUACAAAAUUUGAAAGGCAUAUUUUCAUGUUUUUGUGUUUUUUUUUCACCCUGUCAGUCAUCUUCCCUUUGAGUUCCUUGAGGGAGGUUAAAUGGGAACACCAGGUAGCUGGCCAGCAAUGUCUGGAAGUGGCUAGUGCAGGAAUAGUGGGAGCCUCUGUACCUUUACCCUUUAUGGAGUUAAUUGUUAGACUGUGGAUAUGUUUAAGUGAGAAGGUAGAGCCACGGUGAUUCCUAUGCACUGUGAAGGAAGCCUGCAGAGAUGUCUCUGCUGCCUUGGCACACGAUUAGGAAUGAUGUGAAUGCAUACAGGCUGCAGCUUGAUUGGCCAAGAUGGAAGUGAUAUUCAUGAAACAAUCAGAGCAUUUUGCUAAUGCACAGGGAGUGACACAUGAUCCCAAUUGAGUGAGAAUGCUCAGAUCUGCCCAUUUGUGGGUAAAAGUAUGAAGAUAUCCCCCGUGCCACUGGGCUGGAAAGAGUUAAAGAGCACCAAUCAAUCUGCAAUCAAGCAGCUGAGGCAUAAUUAGCCAGACUGAUUAGGCCAUAAAGGUUGUGGUAAGCCAGAGUUUGGGUUUGCCUAGAGGGAAGACUGCAGAACUCCUGAGCUGAGGGCAGCUCAGCUUCUGGGGGAAUUGUUAAUGCCAUCCUUAAUAACAUCUAGAGAAAAUCAUUUGUGCGUGUGAAGGGAAAGUUGUGCUGUGGCUCAAUGGAAGUAAUCCACAGAUCUGUCUGGAAAGAGUAAGGAUGGUUGUUCAUCUAUCAGCCACGGAAGACCCUGUCCGUGAGGAUAUUCCUGUGCACAGAGGCAUCCGUUUGACCUUUGCAUUACAAUGCAGAUUCAGAAUCACUGAUGCUGCUUUGUACCAGAGGCAUUGCUGAAGUUCCAUGUGCAGCCAUGGACUUGGAGAAACCAUCUGUCUGGGGGUCCCUGAAGCAGAGGACGAGGCCGUUCCUGCAAAACUUAAGCGUGAGGAAGACGAAGAAGAGGUCGAGCAAGAUGGUGGUGAGCAAAAUCCGCUCCCUGGACCGACGGCUCAGCGUGUCGGUGCCUGACAUGCUGGAGGUGGAGACUCUCACAGAAGAAGAAACAACCUGUUCAAGCACUCAGAUGCUGUCCAGUGGCUACCCCCGUGGUGCCCCCAGGCCUAUGGUGUCUCUGAAAAGAAGGAACUCAUCGAUGAGGCCAGAGGGAGAGGACUGGCCGUGGCUGCAGGCUUCAGCUGCGUGCAUGGAGCCAGCUGUGGCCCACUUGGAUGUGCCUAUGGCAGGGAGCCCUGUGUCCGAGGGGAAGCGACCGUCCAGUGAUGACUUCUUGGAGCUGCUGCAGAGAGCCCACCUGAGCACUGAGCUGGCAAACGAGAUGAUGGAGGAAUGUGGAGGAAUGGAUUUAGAGUCGUCAGUAUCUUCUCAAAUGUUUGAUGACCAGAUGGGUGCAGAGGAAGGAAGUGAUGGUUUGAGCCACCUGCCCAGCCCCUUUGCUUACCUGCUGACCAUCCACCUGAAAGAAGGCCGAAACCUGGUUAUCAGAGAUCGCUGCGGUACAAGUGACCCGUAUGUGAAAUUCAAGCUGAAUGGGAAAACUCUAUACAAAAGUAAGGUAGUCUACAAGAACCUAAACCCAGUUUGGGAUGAGACUGUUGUGCUGCCUGUACAGACCCUUGAUCAAAAACUCUGGGUUAAGGUGUACGAUCGAGACUUAACCUCUUCUGACUUCAUGGGUUCGGCAUUUGUAGUGCUCACUGAACUUGAACUCAAUAGAACUACUGAACAGGUUUUAAAACUGGAGGAUCCCAACAGUUUAGAAGAUGACAUGGGAGUGAUUGUAUUAAACUUGAGUCUAGCAGUCAAGCAAGGAGACUUCAAGAGAAAUAGAUGGUCAAGUCGGAAGAAGAGAUCUUCAUCCAAGUCGAGUUUCAUGCGGAGCAUGCGGCUCUCUGACUCUUUGUGCAAGAACCAGCUGUGGAAUGGACAGGUCACCAUCACACUCCUGGAAGGGAGGAACAUCCCCUUAGAGGGCUUGGCAGCGGCUUUCAUUCUCCUGAAACUGGGAGAUCAAAGAUACAAGAGUAAGACACUGUGUAAGAGUGCAAAUCCUCAGUGGAGGGAACAGUUUGAUUUUCACUACUUCUCUGACAGGAAGGAUAUGUUGGACAUUGAGGUCUGGAGAAAGGAUAACAAAAAGCACGAGGAGCUUUUGGGAACAUGUAAAGUUGACAUUUCUGCCCUGUCAAUGAAGCAGACAAAUUACUUAGAGCUGCCUCUGGAAAAACAUCCGGGGUCCCUGAUAAUGCUGAUUGCUGUCACCCCUUGUACGGGAGUGUCCAUCUCUGAUCUGUGUGUCUGCCCUCUGGGAGACCCCAGUGAAAGAAAACAGAUUGCACAGCGCUAUAGUAUAAAGAAUUCCUUUAGAGACAUGAAGGACGUUGGUUUCUUACAGGUCAAAGUUUUAAAGGCAGUUGACCUCCUGGCAGCAGAUUUUGCAGGUAAAAGUGAUCCUUUCUGUGUGUUGGAGCUGGGAAAUGACAGUCUUCAAACACACACCGUUUAUAAGAACCUCAAUCCAGAGUGGAACAAAGUUUUCACAUUCCCUAUUAAAGAUAUUCAUGACGUUCUGGAAGUGACAGUGUUUGAUGAAGAUGGAGAUAAACCCCCUGAUUUUCUUGGAAAAGUUGCUAUCCCUUUGCUGUCUAUCAGAAAUGGCAAACAAAGUUGUUACAUGCUGAAGAAUAAAGACUUGGAACGUGCUUCAAAAGGAGUCAUUUACUUAGAGCUGGAUGUCCUAUUUAAUCCCAUCAAAGCAACUAUUAGAACAUUCAAGCCCCGCGAAAAGCGCUUCACUGAGGAGAACCGCAAAUUUUCUAAGAAGAUCUUAUCGAGGAAUGUUGAUCGUGUGAAAAAAAUCACCAUGGCAAUAUGGAAUACAAUACAAUUCCUUCGGAGCUGUUUUCUUUGGGAGUCCACGGUAAAGAGUAUGAUAGCAUUUGUGGUAUUCAUGGUCACUGUAUGGAGCGUUGAACUGUACAUGGUGCCCCUGGCUUUGCUGGUGCUCUUUGCAUACAACUUCUGCCUUGUCAGAACAGGGAAGGUCAGCAACACCCAGGAUGCCCAGGAGCUUAUGGGCUUGGAUGAAGAUGACGAUGAGGAAGAUAAGGAAUCUGAGAAAAAGGGAUUAAUUGACAGAAUCCACAUGGUCCAAGAGAUUGUCGUAGCUGUUCAAAGCGUUCUAGAGGAAAUUGCGUCGUUUGGAGAGAGAAUUAAAAACACAUUGAACUGGACGGUGCCCUUUCUCUCAAUUCUGGCCUGCUUGUUCCUCGCAGCAGCAACAGUCAUUUUGUACUUUAUACCACUGAGGUACAUUAUUUUAAUCUGGGGCAUAAAUAAAUUUACUAAGAAACUUAGAAAUCCCUAUGCCAUCGAUAAUAAUGAGCUGCUAGAUUUCCUCUCCAGGGUACCAUCUGAUGUUCAAAAGGUGCAGCAUGCUGAAUUGAAACCAUACAGCAGCUCCAGCCCCAUUAGGAAGAAACGGAGUGCUCUAUAGGAUGAAGUGCAAUUUCGGAAUGCAGCAUCUCUCUCUCUGUACCCCCCAUGUAUACACACGUGCUUCCCCCCUUCUCGUCAUAGUUCAGAACAACACAAUAAUUCGUUGGUUUUUUUUGUUUGUUUGUUUGUUUGUUAUUUGUUUUUAUUUUAUUUAAGCUGGUCUUUUUGAUAAAUACCUGUUUUGAGUUGUCUUUUUGGGCUGUCUCUUGGCACCAAGAUGUAGCUCCUAAAGAGCGGAGUGAAACAUGUGAAUUAGUUUGUAGGGUGGGGAGUAGUGUGGGGGGGUAUGGUGCCACUGCAUUCCCUCUUUUUAUUUUUUAUUUUGCUUCCAUUGUAGAGGGUAUGCUGGAUGUGGCAGUGCUCCAUUUUUUUUUUUUUUAUGUAGGAGGAAAUAAUUCUGCCUAGCAUAGCAGAUCAGCUGAGCUGAUGUGAGGAGAUGCUCUGAACCAGUUUUUAACAUAUCCAACAGAUUUACAUUAAGAUAUGAAAGCUAUUCUUUUCUGAGUUAAAUCACUGUGCCUAGAAAGGUUUAAGCUCUGAAUUAACGAGUCUUUGAUACCCAUCUUCUGUUCAAGCAGUGUACAUUUUAAAAAGUUUUUUAUCAUAAUUAGCAGAGUGAGGAGCUCCAGCAGUAUCUCAAUAUUUCAUCCAGCACUUGUGGGUUUUUCCUUUUUCCCUUUUCUUUAAAAAAAAAAAAAAAAAAAUGCCCACCCUGUGGUUAACUAUUUGGGUACUGGAUUCAUCAGAGAUCCAUUGCUGGCAAUGGAUGCAUGAGAACCUUCUGCUGCAAAGGAUUAAGAGACUGCAGAAAAGCCUAACUCACUGACCUGAAAAGACUCUGUUGACUUGCCUUUUAUAACUCCAUCUCAUCAGAUAUUUUCAGCACAGCUCUUGUUUUUCUGUCUAAAUCCAGAGGGGUCAACACUACAGAUCCAGGAGAAAAACACUUUAUUGCCUUAAAGAAACAAGUGCUGGUGCAGAAAGAGUACGUGGUGCCCAAAGGUGUGGCUGUGCAAUAGGGGGGGCAGGUGUUGGUCUCCCGCUGAUUUCCAUUGGAGUCCACAAAGAAAGGAUCAGAAAAUGAAGUUAUAUGGGAAGUGAGCAAUGAAGAAACAUGAGAAAGGACCCAAUUUUCUGAGGGAAAUGUGGUUUCUUGCUUUGAUCUUUUAGCUAUUGUUCUGCUUUGUAAAAUUCACAUAACCAGCAUAAUCCAUGUUGUUUGCCUUGGGAAACUGAGGUGGAGAAUUGUGUAAACCUGCUCAGUUUCUCUUGAGAGUGCAUUCCUCAACCUUUUGUAGGACUUUGUGGGAGUGACUUGUGACUUGUCCCCAUGUGUCAUUGUUAGCACGAGAGCUGGGGCUUGGUUCUUGCCAUUUCCAGGCAGGUGUUUCCACCAGCAUCACCUCAGGUGGUUCACCUUACAAACAAAGAGAAUCCUGGUACACAAGUUGCUUUUUAAAAUUAUACUUUGAAAGUCAUCUAAUUAAAGGUAAAACAGGUAAAGCUUUGCUUAUGGAUCGGCAGUCCAAAUGGUGCUGCACCAUUUGAUGAUGCAAACCUGAGGGCUUGAUGUGUGAAUUUGGUGCAAAAAACUAACAUCAGAGUAUUUUUCACUUGGUUGAUAACUGGAUUCAAUGAUUUUUCUGUGUUUAUUUUUCCAAAGUAACAAUCCCCUCUAUGCCACUGGAUCAUGAGGGCAUAUGUUCAUAGACUUGAUUUAAAAUGGAAUAGUUCAGUUGGAAAGGACCCGCAAAGAACAUCAAGUCCAACUGCCCAACUUUAGGGCUAACCAAAAGUUCACGAAUAUCAUUAAGGACAUUAUCCAAAUGCCUCUAGAACACUGACACGCCCGGGGGCAUCAACCACUUUGUUAGGAAGUCUUUUCCAGUGUUUGACCACCCUCGUGGUAAAAAAAAUUCUUUUCCUGAUGUCCAGUCUCAGUCUCCUCUGUGCUAUCCUCAUGGGUCCUAUUGUGGGCUACCAGGGAGAGGAGAUCAGUGUCUCUGUGAUAAAGAAUGUGUUUUGCUCAUGUAAAGCUCUGUUUAGGUGCGUAUGAAGAGACAGAAGAAAGAUUAUCUCACUUUAAAAUAGUGUAAAAAUGCCUCUUUGUGUGACGCGUGCUUGUGUACCCAUGCAUGUACACAGUUAUGUAUAAAGAAGAGUACAUGUAUAAUGUAUUUAUAGGUGAGGACGUGUGGGAAAGUGAUUGAACAUACAGAUUUAAAAACCUUGAAAAUGUUUAUGAAAAAUGCCAAAGAUUCUAAAGCUUAUCUUGUGUCUGUUCUUCUUCAUUUUGUACCGUUCCCGGCAUGUCUCUCUGGCUGAGCCAGAUCUCUGCAUGAUUUGAUUUACUUCAAGUUAAUGAAGUCGGUUGGAAAGAGUCUUGUAGAAAUUAUAAAAUCUCCAGUAAAUCUCCUUCUUGUACAUACAAUGGAUGUCCACGGAUCUCUUUUGUUAAACUGGUUUCUCAAUCUUCUGUGUAAAUAAUGCCUCGUUGUCUCGCUUGAGACUAUCAUCCAGUUUAUCAUACUGUAGUCUUGUCGCUUUGUGGACCAAAGUCCCACAUAUUUAAGCAGGCCUGUGAAAUCAGAUCAUUGAUCUGAGUGAAAAUAUUCAGCUGCAGCAAACGUUUAUUUAUUCAGAAGUUGAGACUGAUAUUGUAAUAGUGAUUUUUUUUUUUUUUUUCCCCUAUAGAUUUCUUCACAUUUGAUUUCUGUUCAGGAGACAGGGUGAUGUCUUUAUAGAUAGAUAGAUAGAUAGAUAGAUGUGUGUUUUGGAAUAAUUUGUAUUAGAUUGUUGUGCUGGAGGCAUAUCAAAUGAAGGGGUUUGGAUGGCCCAGUAUGUGUAAAUGUUGUAAUGAGCUCUUUGUUUUGAUAAAUACUGUUUGAAAUGCAAUAAACAUUUGAGGUUA